CCUCACUUUACCACUACCUUCUUUGGAGGGAGCAGCUAGCACUAUUUCUCGGCACUCAUUUCUGAUCCACCUAGCUUUGCUUUCUUUUCAAUCAAAAAUUCAAAUGGAAACACAAACAGUUCCCUUGCUGAGCAUCAAGGCCGAGCCAGAGCUCGACUAUGCUCAGGUGAAGAGCUUCAGGGAGGGCCUGUCAGUUGGUGGGAAGGAGACAGUGAAGCUGUGGAAAGUUGCAGCUCCGGUGGCUUUUACGACUCUUUUUCAGUACCUGAUUCAGUCCGUCACUACUAUCUUUGUCGGACAUCUCGGAGACCUUCAGCUCUCCGCCGUUUCCCUCUGUCAUAAUGUCAUCAACGCCAUCGCCUUCGGCUUCCUGCAAGGUAUGGCAAUUGCACUUGGAACUCUUUGUGGUCAAGCAUAUGGAGCAGGCCAAGUAGACUCACUUGGUAUCUAUAUGCAGCGCUCCUGCAUUAUCCUAGCCAUCACUUGUUUCCUCCUUUCAUCACUUUACAUUUUCGCCACUCCAUUCCUAAAGAUUUUAGGCCAAGAAGACAAUAUAGCCGAGUUUGCUGGAAAAUAUAGUCUGUUGAUAAUCCCUCAGAUGUUCUCCUUUUCCAUCAAUUUGCCCACCCAAAAGUUCCUACAGGCUCAGAGCAAGGUGGGGAUCAUCACAUGGAUCUCCUUUGCGGCUCUAGUCACACACACAGGAUUUCUGUAUCUCUUCAUUAGCGUACUCGACUGGGGGCUUAAUGGUGCAGCUGUAGCUUAUAAUAUCACAUAUUGGGAAGUUGCAAUUUGUCAGUUUGUGUAUGCUGUAUUUUUGUGCAAGGAAGGUUGGACUGGAUUUUCAUGGUUGGCAUUUAAAGACAUGUGGGCUUUUGCUAGGCUGUCCCUUGCCUCAUGUAUGAUGUUUUGCCUGGAGAUGUGGUACACUAUGAGUCUGAACAUUCUUGCCGGUCAACUUGAAAAUGCAGUGAUUGCUCUUGGUUCCUUUUCUAUAUGCUUGAACUUUCAGAGUUGGGAAAUCAUGUUUUUGGCAGGAAUAAAUGCUGCUAUAAGCAUUCGAGUCUCGAAUGAACUAGGGAUGGGGCAUCCCAGAGCUGCCAAAUAUUCCAUCUGCGUUGCAGUCUUACAAUCUCUCGUCGUUGGCAUAUUGUCUAUGACUUUUAUCUUCAUAAGUAGAGACUAUAUUGCCAGUGUUUUCACCGACAGCAAAGUUAUGCAGCAAGCUGUUGCUCGUUUAGCUUACUUUCUUGGUGUAACCAUGCUUCUUAGUAGUGUUGCACAAGUUUUAACAGGUGUUGCUGUUGGAGGUGGAUGGCAAGUGAUGGUAGCUUAUAUAAAUUUGGCUGCUUAUUAUCUAUUUGGGCUCCCACUUGCAAUCUUUCUUGGAUUUAAAGCAAAUUUGGGUCCAAUGGGACUUUAUGGUGGCAUAAUAUGCGGAAGUGCUCUUCAGAUCUUAUUCCUAUUGAUUAUGACUUCCAGAAUCAACUGGGACAAUGAGGUGAAGCAAACGACCAAGCGCAUAAAGAAAUGGGGGAGCAAGGAAAUAAGAACUGAGAAGAUAGGUUGCUGAUAGUUGUAUAUAAAAUAAAGCUUCCUCCAAGAACAUAAACAUGAAAUUAAAGCUCACGUUGUUGCUGCAUAGAUUUAAGGUGAAAGGCACUCAGGUUUAAGUUUCCUAAGUUUAAUUCUUGAAUAGUUGAGGCUCAUCUUUCAACAUGCUCCUCCCACACUCAUCUGUGUUCGAAUAUCAAGGGGCAAGCUGAGCAGCUGAUAACAUGGCAGCCAGUUUAAGUAGAUUAAUUAAGGUUUAAUCAAGCUAUUUAGUGGUUAAUGUGUUAGUUAAUUAGAAUGGCAGGAAAUGGAAUAAUGUACAUUGUAUUAGUAAAAUAAAGUAACAAAUAUAUUUAUUGCAUCGCAAGAAAAAAAAAAUGUUCUGGUAAA